AGAGUGUCCCGGCGCCCCGCCACGCGGGGACUGUUAACGCGCAGUGUGUCGGAUCGCUGCUCCACGUUCCUCCACCUCCUCCACCUCCACCUCCUCCUCCUCCACCUCCACCUCCUCCACCUCCACCUCCUCCUCCACCUCCACCUCCUCCUCCACCUCCACCUCCUCCACGCGCUCCAGAGACAUGGCUCCGUUUGGGAAAAGCUUCCUGAAGGCGCGACAGAGAAACAGGACGAAGGAUGCCGAGCCUGUGGAGGGGAAGGAGAUCCAGGUCACGGUCUGCAACGAGGACAAGGCCAUCUGUGGAGUGACGAAGCACACGACGUGUGCCGAUAUGAUUCAGGCGCUACUGGACGACCACAAGUCGAUCCCGGAGAGCAAGCGCCUCUUGCACGGGGAGGCCAAGGACUUCUGUCUCGUUGAGCACUGGAAGGGUUUCGAGAGAGCCUUGCCCCCUCUCACCAGAAUCCUGAGACUCUGGUUCGCCUGGGGGGACCAGAGACCCUUUAUCCAGUUUACCCUCGUCAAAACCAGCGAUUUUGUGCCUCAGCCCGCCAAGAAGGCCGGAAAGUCCAAGGGGGCCAAGCCAAAGCGAUGGGAGCACGGCCGUGCUCAGUCCGCCCAGCCUCUGCCGCCGGAGAGGCAGAAGCGCAUGGUGAAGAAAGCCUUCCGGAAGCUGGAGAAGCUCCACAAGGAGAGCAAGAGCUCCCCGGGCGCCGAGGAGAUCGACCGCAUGGUGCAGCUCAUCCUCAACCAGGACCACACCAUCCGGGAGCAGAUCCAACGCAUGAGGGGGCUGGACGUGGGCAUCGAGCAGUUUGAGCUGGAGGUGCAGAUGGAAGCGGCCCGUGAGAUUUCUCCACCGGCGCAGAGUUUGGGGGCGCACGCCUACGAGCAGCCGCAGGGGUACCCGUACACCGGCAGUGGAGUCGAACAGAUCGAGCUGCAGUUGCAGAGGCACCAGGAGCUCAUCCUCAAGCUGUCCCGGGACAUCGACGCCGAGCUGAGGAGGGACGAAUGUGGCGUCGGCGAACGGGAAGGGGCCGCGGCGGCUUCCCAGAUCCCCUCGGAGACGGGCGAACUCGAGAGGCUGCAGGACGAGGUGAAGCGCAGCCUCUUCACCGGCGUGUCCCUUCACAACCAGGCGGCGGAAAUGAGCAAGCAGCUGAUGUGCUACGAAGCCGCGCUGGUCUCCAAGGACCAGGAAUGCUGGGAGCUGGCGGCCCAGCUGAGCUCGUUGCACAUCGGGGAAGGCGGAGAAGAAGAGGAGGAGGAGGAAGAGUCAAGUCCCAUCCCGCCGAAGAGCGAGACUCAGUGCGGCGUCUCGUCGCCGCCGGUGAAACUCAAACCCGGCCUGUCCCCUCUAGACGUUACAGACACGGACUCAGACACCGGGAUUAGCUCCACGCACAGUCAGGACUCGCUGUCGCCAUGUCUCGACUUCCCUCCCCCGCUGGACACGGACGUUUGAACCUGCGAGUCACUGGUCAGGGCGCACCGCCCCCUCGCCCUCCUGGUUUGUGUCGUCGCUGCAUUCGAGACACAGACCGGGAUCCUGGCAACCUUUUACGACGUAUGAAGGUCAUUUAAAAAUGGAACUGAAACCUUUAUUGACGGCAAUGGACGUGAUAAUGCGCCGAUUAUUUCAGGAUUUCCUUUUAAGCCAAACGUGCAAAGAAAUCUGUGGUUUCAGCUUCUCAAAGUCAAAUGUGAUGGUGAAUAUCUUCAGCUUUUAUACGUCUCUCAUCUUCAUCUCUUUGGAUUUCAAGAGGAGUAACAAUUUGGACAACGGGUUUAAAAUAAUGAUUUGUUCAAUGAACAAGUUUAAAAAAAAUGUUUUAUCCAGAUUGAUCAAAGAAUAUUUAAAGGAAUAUUUUGAAUACCUUAAAAAAUAAGCUGCAAAUGUUCUGAAAGGUAUAAGGAUGCUGAGGUGUGUGACUCAAAUGUAAAGAUAAUACAUGCAUAGCACAUUUUUUCCUAAAGACUAUUUCCUCAGCACAAUCAUGGCAGUGUUUUCUGUUUCAUUUCUUAUUAACGGUGAAUGUACGCUUCUCCUCCCUUCUCAGUUCUCAAGCUAUUUAUGAAGCUGCACUUCUUUCAACACACUUAAGUCUAUUAACACUGUCGUUUUAUAUUAAAACAGAUAGCCAACUGUUUUUGGAUGUAGAUUUUAAGAUUUUGUUAAAAUAUAAUGUAACAUUCCUCUCGACCACACUGUAAAUAUUGCUGCCGUCACCCCCCCCUGUAAAUGAUUCUUCUUAUGACACAGGCACAUUUUGUAAAGACAAAAUUAGUUAAAAUAACAUUUAUUUAUCGCGUAAUCUAAUUUUUGUUUUAUCACGGGAUGAGAUCGCAUCGCGACAAUGCAAUAACCCUCUGAUGCAAUCACCUCCAUCCGCCACAGAUCUGAUCCGACACGCACACACACACACACACACACACACACACACAAGACAAUCUGAGCUGCACAUGUGUAAAUCAUGCCUAAAAAAAAUACAAUCAAAUAAAAUGUACAUUUUCGACUUUCAUAAUAAACACUAAUGCUGUAAAUGUC